AUGACUACUGAAGUCGCACUCGACACCACUAUUGGCCUCAUCACGGUCGAACUCUACAAUGAUCACGCGCCUAAAACAUGCAAGAACUUUGCUACUCUCGCGCAGCGCAACUACUUUAACAACUUGAUCUUCCACCGCAUAAUACCGAACUUCAUGAUCCAGGGAGGCGACCCUACUGGCACCGGACGUGGGGGUGAAUCAAUCUACGGCGAGAAGUUUGAGGACGAGAUCUCCCCAGCUCUGAAGCACACGGGCGCCGGCAUUCUCAGCAUGGCCAAUUCUGGCCCCAACACCAACGGCUCACAGUUCUUCAUCACGCUGGCACCGACACCAUGGUUGGAUGGAAAGCACACUAUCUUCGGGCGAGUCAAGAGCGGCAUGCAGACGGUCAAGAAACUUGGUUUAGUCAAGACAGAUCGAGAGGACAAGCCAGUAGAGGAAGUCAAAAUUCUGAAGGCAUACAUCAUCAAGGAAUAG